AUGGAGACACAGUUGAGUGGAGACACAGUUGGAGACACGUUGGUGGGGACACAGUUGAUGGAGACACAGUUGGUGGGACGCAGUUGGGGUGGGACACAGUUGGUGGUGACACAGUUGGUGGGGACACAGUUGAUGGAGACUGAGUUGGUUGGGAGACGGUUGGUUGGAUGCACGUUGGUGGAUGCGCAGUUGGUGGGAGACACAGUUGAUGGAUGCACAGUUGGUGGCGUCACAGUUGAUGGAGACGCAGUUGGUGGUGACACGGUUGGUGGAGAACAGUUGGUGGAACACGGUUGGUGGGACACAGUUGGUGGUGAUUCAGUUGGUGGAGACACAUUGGUGGAGACACAGUUGAGUGGAGACGCAGUUGGUGGAUACACGGUUGGUGGAGACACGGUUGGUGGGGACACAGUUGAUGGAGACACAGUUGAUGGAGACACAGUUGGUGGAGACACAGUUGGUGGAGACACGGUUGGUGUAUGCACAGUUGGUGAGGUGACACAGUUGGUGGAGACACAGUUGGGUGGAACAUCAGUUGGUGGAACACAGUUGAUGGAGACACAGUUGAUUUGGAUGCACGUUGGUGGAGACACAGUUGGAGACAUAGUUGGUGGUGACACAGUUGGUGGUGACACGGUUUUGGAACUGCGGUUGGGGUGGGACACAGUUGAUGGAGACACAUUGGUGGUGUGCACAGUUGGUGGAGACACAGUUGGUGGAGACACAGUUGAUGGAGACACAGUGGUGGGGACACAGUUGAUGGAGACACAGUUGUUGGUGCUGUCACAGUUGGUGCUGUCACAGUUGGUGGAGACACAGUUGGUGGUGUCUGCGGUUGGUGGAACAGCAGUUGGUGGAGACACGGUUGGUGGAACAGGUUGA